CUUCUUGGCAAGCUCAACAGGAGCCAAGGGACCCACCCCAUGGAGAGACGCUGGGUGAUGGAGGCAGCCAAUGGCUGUAAGGAUGGCUUGGACUUCAACCCCAUGAAAGAGUACAUGGUCCUGAACAAUUCCCAAAGGAUAGCUGUUGCUGUGCUGUGUACCUCCCUUGCCCUGCUAAGUGCCCUGGAGAAUCUGGCUGUGCUCUACCUGAUCCUGUUCUCCCACCGGCUCCGCAGGAAGCCCUCAUACCUGUUCAUUAGCAGCUUGGCUGUGGCUGACUUCCUGGCCAGUGUGAUCUUUGCUUGCAACUUUGUGAAUUUCCACGUCUUCCAUGGCAUGGAUUCCAAGGCUGUCUUCCUGCUGAAGAUUGGCAGUGUGACCAUGACCUUCACAGCCUCUGUAGGCAGUCUACUGCUGACCGCCAUUGACCGCUACCUCUGUCUGUGCUACCCACCUACAUACAAAGCCCUACUCACCCGGGGGAGGGCACUGGCAACUCUGGGGAUCAUGUGGGUCCUCUCAGCAUUGGUCUCCUACCUGCCCCUUAUGGGAUGGACUUGCUGUCCUAGUCCCUGCUCUGAGCUUUUCCCCCUGAUCCCCAAUGACUAUCUCCUGGGCUGGCUCCUGUUCAUUGCCUUCCUCUUCUCUGGCAUCAUCUACACUUAUGGGCAUGUCCUCUGGAAGGCCCAUCAGCAUGUAGCCAGCUUGGCUGAACACCAGGACAGGCAGGUGCCAGGAAUGGCACGAAUGAGGCUUGAUGUGAGGUUGGCCAAGACCCUGGGGGUGGUGCUGGCUGUGCUUUUCAUAUGCUGGCUCCCGGUACUGGCCCUCAUGGUCUACAGCCUGACCACCACCCUAAGCGACCAGGUCAAGAAGGUCUUCGCCUUCUUCUCCUUGCUCUGCCUUGUCAACUCCAUGGUCAACCCCAUCAUCUAUGCCCUGCGGAGUGGGGAGAUCCGCUCCUCUGCCCAUCACUGGCUGGCACACUGGAGGAAACAUCUGAGAAGACUCGGACUUGAAGGAAACAAAGAAGUCCCAAGGUUCUCAGUCACUGAGACAGAGGCUGAUGUGAAAAUCACCCCAUGGCCAGAUUCCAGAGGACUAAACUUUUCUGAAUGCUGAUGAGUCCUCUUUCACAGUUUUAAACAAACUGAGUCAGAAUCAUUUCGCUCCCUGGAGGAGAGAGAGCA